AGUUCCCAUAGUGCGAAAAACUACAACAAAGCCACAUCUUCUAUAUGUAUUCUUCCCGCCCACAGUGGAGACUAGAGCUGCUAGACACGACCGUGCAUAGUGCGUAGAUACUGUAGUUGCUUGGUGUUCUCGUUGUAAAAUAAUCUCGUCAGGAGGUCGACAACUUUUUUCCCCAUACCGCGACGUACUCAGAGUAAAAAAGGAUCCUAUAACACAUCAGGAGCUUCUCACGCGGCUAGGAAGAGGAAUAUUAACCAGAGCAGUGCCUGUUUUCGUUGUUCUUCUAUCUUUGGUGGAAGGUGUGCUAGCAUCGACUGGAACAAGUGAAACCGAACUUUUUAGUACUACUAGUAGGAGAAGCGUGCGUAAGUAGUCUUGUUGUUGUGUAGUCCUCCGACUUCUAGUGUAGAAGAAGGUGGUAGAAGUUGCACGAACAUCAAGAACGAAAACACAGAAGAACGCAAGUUAGUAGCUGCAUCACAAAAAGCGAAAAUUCCGGAAGUUUGCGACGAGCAUCCUCCCGAGGUGGCUGGAAGCAACACCUGCGAUCGCACCCUCUCUGACACUAUCAAGUGCAAAUAUCAUUGGGUCUGGAAGAAUGCAAGUUUGUCAUGCUUGUCUCGCAUGACUGAAGCGUUUGUCAUGCGUGUCCAAGAAGAUACCCUUUUACUUGUCAUGCAAAACGCACUUUGUCAUGCGGAAAGCGCAACACUGAGCCGCGCAAAUAUUUCUCAUACUUGGCUGUGCAUUACAGACGAGCACUCACUAUUCACAACUCAGCAUUACAAGUUUCCAGACCGAGACAUAUUUGCAUUUGAUAGACACCUCCAGCCAGAAAAUGCGGAAGACCGCUUUGAUCACCGUAUGAGAGUGCAAAACUCCCCCUCGUUCUCAUUUCUCAUGCAAAACCCCAAAUUCAAGUGCUUCCCUUGUAUCACUGUUAUGCAUGACAUUCCGGAAGCCCAAUCAGUACUACAUUACGCGCAUGAACUUUCCAUGCAAAAGCUGCAUCUCUGGCAGCGCUUGUGUUGCUGUUCAGGCAACACAAAUGAGGGGGAGGGGGAGUUGUGCACUGUCAUACACCGGUAUCACCGGCCAGGACGGCUCCUACCUCGCGGAGUUUCUCCUAUGCAAGAAAAAAACUGUGUAAGUGUAAAUUUGUGUUGCAGAGGAUGCAAGACACCUACACUUGUCAUGCUGGACAUGCAUUAGAGGUUCCGUUCUUCUUCUAAGUGCUCUCACGUACUAGCUACGCAUGCGAGGUUUUCUCUGUCAUGCAGAGCAAAUUUGUCAUGCUGUUGCUUGAAGAAAGUUACACUUACACACUUUUUUCCCUGGAUAUCUCUUGGAAAAGGGCUACAAGGUGCACGGCAUCAUCCGACGAAGCAGUUCGUUCAACACCGGGCGCAUCGAGCACAUCUUCAACGAGAUCACACUCCACUAUGGCGAUUUGGUGGACACCAGUAAUUUGUGCUCCAUUCAUAUCCAAGAAAAAUGAAAAAGUGUAUACAUAGUGCAGGUGAGUCCAGCAUGACAAAUCUUGCUCCUGCAUCACACACGAAGCCUGUCAUGGAGAGCUAGUACUACGUAAAAGCACAUAGCUAUACGGUAAUAGGAUGGUAUGGCUGGCUAGCAUGACAAGUGUGACUGCGUGAUUGCAGGUUUUGCAUUACAGACUUACACUUACAUACACACCCCUUAUUAUUCUUGCAUAAUUCUGGAGAAGGUCCGGCCUGACGAGGUGUACAAUCUGGGGGCAUAUGCAUUGCAAACAUCCCUGGAACUGGAUCGUGUCUGAAAUAAAAGUGGAAUGUUUGUCAUGCACAUUUUGCAUGACCCACACUGUCUGUGAUGUGUGACGUGGCAUAAAAGAUUGAUUUUCUGAGGGCUUCUUGAUCCCUGUUCCGCAUGAGAAACAAAUACUUACUCACCUCGUCUCCGUGAAGCAAAUCCUGGAGUCCUCUUGGUCCUCUUGCUGGUCAUCAUGCAAUACAGAUUCUUUUACUUUCCAGAAGCAGCAUCACAAGUUCUAGGGAUGUUUGCGGGGCAUAGGGCGCAGUCCCACGUGAAGGUCUCGUUCGAGGAACCGGAGUACAUACGCAUUGCAAAUAUGUCCCCGUCUGAAUCUGUGAUGCAAUAUUUGAAGGGUAACCAGAUCUGUAUUGCAUGGACAGGAGUGAACGGUUUUUUUGUCAUGCUGUGAAACUCAGUUUGUCAUGCAAUACACGAUAGCACGAUUCGCAGUAGUAAGUACCACACGAAAAUAGAAUUUGUGAUGCGUUGAUGCCGUCCCAAACCUUGCUCUGUCAUGCAAAACGUGGCACCAACGGAAUGCGCUGCACCUACUUUCCAGACCUAGACAUAUUUGCACCUGAUAGUAGACCGCGCAGUGCGACGCACUGGGCACGAUGCGCAUGCUAGAGGCUUUGCGGACGUGCCGACUGGAAAAGACGACCAGGUUCUACCAAGCCAGCACGAGCGAGCUCUACGGUAAGUCAAAGUUGAGUUAAGUUCGAAAGGGGAUCAUAGUAGGUGCAGGUGGUGCCUCUACGACUUGUAGUAUUGAGAAGGCUCCUUUUGAUGUUCUAGUGCUAUGCAUUGCGCUUGAUGUACUUACUUACUUCAUGUAGCACCGUACUACGUCCUCUUCUGCUUGGAGGCACUAUUAUAAUCGAAAUGAUCGAUAAAAAUCUGAUUUCAAAUCCCCCACAUCACCUCAGGUAAAGUGCAGGAAAUUCCCCAGAAGGAGACGACGCCAUUUUAUCCCCGUUCCCCGUACGCCGUGGCAAAAAUAUACGGUUAUUGGGCAUCAAAUGUAAAAAUGUCUGGGUCUGGAAGAUUGCCAGGUUUGUCAUGCA